GAAUCUGCAUUAGUUAGCAAAUAUGGAGGAAGAAGAAAUCCUUGAAAACAAUAUCAAAUAAAUAAAAAAAUAAACAUUAGUUUUUUUAAUUUUUAUAAAUAAAUAAAUAGUUCUUAGAUAUUGCUUGACAAAAAAAAAUUGUUUUGGCUUCUUUUUUAAUUCUUUGGUUGUUAGAAGUUUAUGAUACAAGACCGCUAAAAAUGACUCGAUAUGUCCCUAUUUCCUCUCCCGGCUUUAAUAUUUUUGAGUUCAUUAUUGGUUCUCCUGAUCGUACUGGCAAUCGUUUAUCUCCUGUUACGAAAAAAUCUAUUAUGCCCUAUCAAUGGUGGAACAGGGGGGGAAGAAGAAGGACAACCUUUAUUAGAAGAAACUACGAUUCCGUCAAAUCCUUCUGCUACUGUAGAACCUUCUAUAGACAUGACCGAUACAAGUCAAAAAGAAGAAGAGACUACUGGAAAUGCAGAAAAAGAAGAAAAUCCGUUAAAAGAUGCAAUUAAUCAGUAUCUUGCAAAUCGUAAAACCGUUCGUGCUUUUGAAGAUAUAUUACCACAAACGCCAAUGACUUCCGCUUUUCCUUCAUCAAGUCCUAGACAAACUCCGUCAUUAACUCCCCGAUCUCAAGAAAAUAAUCAAACUUCAACGGAUGCUAGAGAAGUUGAGGAGCCGCCUUUGUGCGUAGCAGGAAAAGUUCUUAUACAGUUUACAUAUAUGCCUGCCGCUAACAAAGUUAAUUUAACUGUUAUUAGAGUUCAAGACAUGCCUGAAGUUGAACGAGGUGGGUCUGAUAUGAUUGCUAUUCAUCUGUGCGUUCUUCCCAUAAGAAAACAAAGACAGAGAACAAAACCAAUUGCUGUGUCAAAAGGCGUAUUUAAUGAGACAUUUUCGUUCAUUCAUAUGACAAAAGACAAAAUAGAAACUUGUGGAAUUCGUUUAAGAGUCUAUGGUACUCAGAGAUUCAGCAGGCGUCUGAUUGGUGAAGUUAAACUUCCAUUGGCUCAACUAGAUCUAGUUAGUCCUUUAUCCGAUGAACAAGUUUGGAAAUAUCUAAGACCUAAAGGAUUAGUGACAGAAGAUGAUUUCACGGAACCUGUCAAGAAAAUUGAGAGUUCGGAGAGUGUUUUAACAUAUGAAGAACCCAUAAAUAUGCCUGAACUAAUGGUAAAUUUACAUUACAAAGAUUUAACGGGAAGGCUGUAUGUGGAAAUUAUCAAGGGAGCAAACUUUAAAACAAGUACCAUGGUUGUAAAUCCAUCUGUGUUUAUAAAAAUUAAAUGUGUUGCUGGUGAUGGAAAGCAGAUAGGAAAGAGUAAAACAAUAAUACACCCUCCAGCAAGCGAUCCUGAAUUUAACGAAACAUUUGUGUACCCAAUGUCAACGAUAGACUUAAAAGAAGCAACUAUGAUGUUUACUGUUUUAGAUGCAAGAAAAAAGAAAAGAGGUGAAAUUAUUGGGUGGUUUGCUUUUGGAAAAAAUACCUCGGGAACCAACGAGUCUCUGCACUGGAAUGAAAUGGUUAAAAAUCCUGAUAACGAUGCUUGUCGUUGGCAAAUGUUGCUAAUGCCUUAGUAUCUUUUUUGUGACCUGGCUAAAAUAUCGGGUUUCUCAAUUUUUCAAAACAACAAAAGAACAAUGCUGGAGCUCAUCUUUGUUAAAUUCCACGUCAUUUCGUUUUGGCAACCCUGCUUUGCAAUUCUAUUAAUUUAAUUAAAAUUUAACGCGAUAACAUUUCUUAUAAACAAUGAACAAUUUGUAAAUAUAAUUUGAUACAUUUUUUUACUUUUAUAUAAUUUUGCUUGUAUCAUUUAUUAUUUUUUAAUUUUGUAUUACGAUUUAUUUCUGUCUUGUAUAAUAUUUUCAUCAAUGCUUUUUAUUAUAAU